ACAUCAAUUAUUUAUUUCGUGAAUAUAUAGGAUAUAUCGACACCGUCGACGCAUUCCUUCGGCCUUUGUAUUUGGUCUUUUUGUCUUUUGCAUUUCAUGAAUAUGUAUGUGGCCCGAUCGUGAUGUACCACACGGUUGACAUACGCACCAUCGACGUGUCACAAAAUCGAUGCUCCGAGACACGUGCUCGGUGGGCCACAAUCUUCGCAACUACGCCACCCUCGUUGCGUCGCAUUUUCCGUCUUUAAUUCGUCAGCCGUUCGGCGUGAAGCUAAACGGUUGCGAUGCCUCCGGCUUAGGUCAAUGACGCCGAUCAUCGAGUUGUAAACCGAGUGGUUCCACGCUACUGUCGUUCGUGUGUGCGUCAGCGCUGACAUCGCGCGCAUUUUGACGGCAGUCCUCGUAAGAGAUAAGACGGAAAAGGAGUGCGGAGAGCGCCGGCUCAUGGCGAACCUGCAGCGGCGGGUCCACGCCCUGGCUGUCCCGUUCCCGGCGUCGGGACACAUGCUGCCCCUCCUCGACCUCGCCCACCUCCUUUCCGCUCGCUACGGCUUCGCCGUCACCAUCGUCGUCACCCCAAAGAACCUUCCCCACCUCUCCCCGCUCCUCGCUCGCUGCCCCACCGUCGCCCCCCUCGUUCUCCCCUUCCCCGACAACACCAACCUUCCCCCCGGGGUGGAGAACGCUGGGCCGCUUUACGACGUCCGCCUCCUGAUGCGCGAGCUGAGCGGCCUCCACGACCCGCUCCUCCGCUGGGCCCGCUCCUGGACUGAUCCCCCCACCGCGGUCCUCGCUGACUUCUUCUGCGGCUGGACGAACGGCCUCGCGACCGAGCUGGGAAUCCCCCGCCUCGUCUUCAGCCCCUCCGGCGCGCUCUGCCUCGCCCUUGGCCACUCGCUGUGGCGCCGGAUGCCAAACAUAUCGGAUCCUGACGACCCCGACGAGCUCGUCCCCUUCCCCUCCCUCCCAAGAUCCCCCCUUUACCCCUGGCGCCACCUCUCGGCCAUCUACCGGAGGUACGAGGAGGGCGACCCCUUGUCGGAGUUCAUAAAGGCGUCAUUUCUGGCCAACAUCGGCAGCUGGGGUUUCGUAUUCAACACCUUCGCCGAGAUCGAGAAGCCAUAUCUGGAACACCUGCGGGACGACCUCGGCCACGCGCGCGUCUGGGGCGUGGGGCCCCUGGCGCCUCCCGGGGGCGGCGGUGAGCGUGGCGGGCCGAGCUUGGUCGGUGCCGAGGAGGUGGCCGCUUGGCUUGGCAACUGCGCGGAGGGUUCGGUGGUGUACGUGGCCUUCGGAAGCCUCGCAGUGCUGUCGCCCGCACAGGCGGUGGCGCUCGCGGCGGGGCUGGAGCAAAGCGGCGCGCGGUUCGUGUGGGCGACCAGGGGCGUGGUGCCGCUGCCGGAGGGGUUCGAGGAACGGGUGGCGGGGCGGGGGCUAGUGAUCCAGGGGUGGGCGCCGCAGGUGGCGAUACUGAACCACCCGGCGGUGGGAUCAUUCGUGACCCACUGCGGGUGGAACUCGGUGCUGGAGGCGGUGGCUGCGGGGGUGGCGUUGCUGACGUGGCCGAUGGGGGCGGACCAGUUCUCGAACGCCAGGCUGCUGGAGGAGGAGGUCGGGACGGGGGUGAAAGCAUGCAAGGGCGGCGACGCGGUGCCGGACCCAGACGAGCUGGCGCGCGUCGUGGCCGAGUCGGUAGGCGAGGCGGGGAGGGCGCGGAGGGAGAAGGCGCGGGAGCUGGCGAGGAGGGCUGCGGCGGCGGUGGAGGUGGGCGGGAGCUCUUACAUGGAGUUGUCGGAGGUGGCUCCGAUUCCCAAGCAAGAUGCGAUCUUUUUCCCCCACAAGGUGAACCCUGACGCAAAGAAACCCUUGCUCGCGCCGAUGAUUAGCUGGGCAUGGGUGUGCUCCCGGCCGAGGAAGCUCGCGAGAUCGAGGAUGAGAGAAGCGGGUGGAGGACGAUAGUCCCACAUCGGGAGAUAGGAAGCCAGGACUGGUGAGGGUGGGCUAUACGAGGAACGGGAGGGGCUUAAGUUGAAGAUUAAAAGGGUCGGUUGGCUAUGUAUGCCACGCCCACCCCUUGUGUUGGUGGGUGCUGUAUGGCUAUCAAGACAUAUGGCCGACAUAAUUUGUGGAACUAUCUAUAGGGUUGGCUCGCUCGGCCGACCCUCCAA